ACUGAGCAAAAUGCAUUCGUUUUUAAUUGCAGCUGUAGCUUUCCUGAGCUACACCUGUGGCGCCCCAGCGGAUUCAGGAGCUCUCACUUUGAACGAGUCAAAUCCAGAGGAUUCCGAUGAGUCCGUAGAGACCUCUCCACCGAUCGACUGGAGCAGUGGGUAUUGGAUAACGACCACACCGCUGCCGCCGAUCGUCAACUUGCCCGAUGCGGACAAGGCGGCCUUGUGCCAAUUUCUGGGUUCCUUCGAGGCAUUUAGAAUGCAGCACUUCGCGGUUAUCUGGGCCGCUAACAUGGAGUUCCUGUCCAACGCGGAGAAGCACUUCGCCAAAGAGCUUCAAGAGGAAAUGGACAAGCUGCGCAACUCACCCGCGGACCGCAAGUACAUGAAAAUGGACCCAACGCAAGCGAACGCUAUAGUUCGAAACGCAACUGCCUACAAGGAGUUCGUCAAGGAUAAUGUCGUCAAGGAGAACACGCUUAAAAUGAUGAACAAAAUAUUCGAAGGAUUACAAGCUAUCCACAAGGAAAUCAUGGUCGGUUUGAGCAAAGCUAAGAACAGCAUUAGCAAGGAAACCGCGGAAUCCGAAAAGAAAUUCUUCGAGUCAUUUGAAAAUUGGAAAGAGCCCAAUAAUGAUGACAUACUAGAUCUCUUGAAUGAUCAGGAAAGAAAGCUUAAACACAGAUAUCAGUGUUCUAAGUCGCUGAUAUUACGAAAGCUUUUUUAGAUAUCUGUCUAGCAUCACUACAAAUUAACCUUAAUAAAGACCAAUUUCCUGUAUGCAAACAAUAACACUGGGAUACUAGCAUAUGAUAAACAUAAAACAAUAGGCCAAAGUAAAUUGCUUUGGACUGCAAUAGAGCAUCCACGAUGGCU